AUGGUAAACAUAAAUUGGCCAGGGCUUCUUAAGUGGUCUACGAAAUAUGCAGACGGGACUAUUGAUACAAAUAAACGUUUAAGCAAAGAAGACAUUGAAUUUUUACAAGGGGCUAUAAAAGAUGCCUUAAGUCAAGUAGAAGAUCCAUAUGAAGCUAUAAAUGAAGCCGUUCGUAACUUCGAAAAUAAAGAUGAAGGAAUAAUUUUAGCAUCAGCUAAAAUUGUUGAAAGAUUAGUAGAUGAAUAUCCUGAGGUCGCUCGUAAUUUAGAUAAAAUUAAAGCUAUAGACCCACUAUUAAAAUUAUUAGAUAAUUCUAAUAAUCACAUUUUAGAAUCAGUUCUUCAGAUUUUAUCCUUAGCCUUAUCAAAUAAUCCAGAAUUACAAGAUUCUGUUUUUAAAAAGAAUGCUUUAAAAACGUUAUUAAUAAAAUUACAAGAAUCACAAAAGACUAUUAUUGAUAAAAAAUUAAUCACUGCUAUAUCAGCUUUAAUACGACAUCAUGACCAAGGAGAAAAUAAAUUUAUAGAUUAUGGAGGUGUAGGUUUUUUAGUAUAUGGAAUGCAAACAAAUAUUUUUAAGUACCAAGAAAAGUCUGCUCUCCUUUUAAAACAUUUAAUUCACCAAAAUAAAAUUACAUUUGAUAUUUUUAUAAAAAAUGAUAUUAUGAAAGGACUUGUUGCUCUUGUUAAUAAUAAAAAUAUUGAUGAAACGGGUAUACAAUAUGGAGAAACAACAGCAGAACUUUUUCUGGCCUUAAUUCAAAACCAUAGACACAAGUUAGCUAAAUCAGGAUAUUUACACACCAUAAAAAAAUUGAUAGAAGAUAGGUUAAGCUAUUUGCGUAUAGUACAAGAUAGUGCAUCGUAUGAUGUAUCUCAAGAAAUAGAAUUAUUCACUGAUUGUCUAAAGUUAACCAAGUGGCCAGGAAUUAAAAUACCAGAAGAUGAUACAGAGAAUAAUUUUAGUAUAGCCGACGGCUGA